CAGGGGCACUCGGAGCCUCGGCGGAGCAGCCAGCCUCCUGGAAAGAGCUCGCCGUCGUCCCCGGAGCCGCCCGCGGAGGCCAGCUUGGCGGCGCUGCCCCGCGGCAGGAGAGGGAGGCUGCCGGAGAGGAGGCGGCGAGCGAGCGCUAUAGGCGGCCAGCCCGCGCGGCGCAGCCGGGGAGCCACGCGAGCUCCGCGCCCGCACGCACGCACUGUCCGCGGCUCGCGCCUUUCCCCGCCUCGGGGCGCCCGGCCUCCCCUGCCCCCCCGCCCCCGGCCCCGGGGCCGCUGCGGCGCGGCCGAGGAGCAGCAUGGAUCUGCGGCGCUGCGUGCAGGCGCUCCUGCUGCUCUGGCUCUCCCUGACUGCGGCGUGUGGAGGGCCCCUGCUGCAGCCUUCUGAUGGCAGGGGGCUGGAGGAGGGCAAUGUCCGCCACCUGGUGCAGCCCAGAGGAUCACGGAAUGGACCGGGGCCCUGGCAGGGCGGUCGGAGGAAAUUCCGCCGCCAGCGGCCGCGCCUCUCGCACAAGGGCCCCAUGCCUUUCUGAAGCAGGACUGAAGGGGCCCCUGAGUGCCCACCCCCUGCAACUCUGGCUAUUCCAUAGAUUGGUCUGCUUCUCUGGAGCCCUCACUCCCAUUCGCCUCUCUUCUCGCCCCUGUCCGCGCUGCUGACGGUCCCGGCUCUUCUCACCCACCGGCUUCCCCGAAUGGCAUGAUCCUGCCCCUAGUUCGGAUGAUUCCCUUUCUCUCCCACGGAUCCAUUCAGCCCCUCUUCCUGGCCCAUGCCUGGACUGACUUCGGAGACCCAGCACUGGAAGGCUGGCCUUCUCCCCAGCUCUCCCCUUCCUCUAGUCGUCUUCCCCCAUCCCCAGUCCAACAGCAGAAGCUUCCGCCCAGCCCUUCCUUCCUCACCUCACUGGUGCCCUGGGGGCUGGGGGGGGGGGGACACUCCCUUCUUCAGUGGGCUCAGCAGGUCCCAGGCUUUCGAGUCACGUGGACCCUUCACCCGGCAAGGAGGUGCUGGUUAGACGGGCUGGGCCAUCGAUUGGGAUGCAGACCAGGCGCCUUGUGGGGCAUUGGAAUGGGGCUCGGUCCUCUGCUGAAGGGGAGAGGGAAAGCACUGGAGAAGAGGAAUAGCUGCUGUAGCCUUAUCCUCCUGCCGUGUCUGGCUCACGGAAGGGGUGAAGGAGAGGGGCCAUGAAGUACUUCGUCACCUCUCUGUGUCUCCUAACACUGCCCCCCACCUCACCCCCAACUCGCUCCAUCCCUUCCUUGCCUGCUAGUUCAAGCUCUUGCUCAGGAGAUGGCUCUAUACCCUCCCAGGAGCAAAAGCCAAGCAGGAGGAGUGGGUUUUUUUUUUUUUUUUUUCCCCCAAGAAUCACAGAAUGUCAGGGCCAAAAGGAACCUUGGCGAUCACUUAGCUCCGCCUCCUUAGGCAAACUCUUGCAAAACCAGGCCUGGAGAGGGACAGCGGACCUAUUCGGGGUCACUGCAGAGCCAGAAUGAGGACCCAGGUCUCCCCGCUCCCACUUGAUGAUGUCCUCUUCCCUCUUGAUGAUAUCUUUUCAAAACACACUAAGUGCCUUGCCCGCGCACAGUUGGGGCUGGGGGGUGGCGGGGAAGGGAGGUGCAGGCCGGCUGUGAAGUGCCCCGCGGUGGUGUCGGGGCCCAGCUGCUCCCGCCUCCCUGGCUUGCCCCUGCCGGUCCAUCCCGCGCCCCCCCCCCCCCCCGCCCACCCCGACCUGCACUGAAAGGGCCCAUCCCUGGCCAGCGGCCCCCAUUCCUGCAGCACUUCCAGGGCCCAGGUGUUCUCACAGGGGCAGCUCAGGUUCUGAGGCUCCUGCUCGAACCCCAACACUGGUUUUCGGGAGCCAGAAGAUAGCCUUAAGUAAUUGGCCUCGGUAGCCUUCCCUUCAUGUGGACUGGACCUUCUUUCCCAGUGGCCUUUCCUUAGGGGAGCGGCAAGGGGGAGAAGAAGGAAGGGAGGGAAGCAAGGAGAGAAGGAAGGAAGGAAGGAAAGAUGGGAGGAAGUACAGGUCUGAGCAGGCUUCCUUCUCGGAGGCCUCCCAGGAGGGAGGAAAGGGGAGACAAGAGCCUGAUGGCCCACCUAUGUAUGUGUGGGGACAGGGGGAGUCAGGGCCCUCCGAGUCCCACAGUAACCCCGAGGUUGCCUAACCGCCUCUCCCCCCUCACUUCCACUGCUGCUUCAAGGCCCGCCCUGAGGAGCCGGGCUGGGCACCCGCUUCCCGCACCCCCUUCGGGCUGGGAGUGGGGGCUGGCCAGGGUCCAGGAAGCCCCUUCUGCCACUGAUGCCCGCACCCGGGAUCGGGCCUUCUUUCCCCUCCUCCUCUCUGCAUCUCCUGGCUCAUCAGCUGCCCAGCCGGCCCCGUGGGGUAGGGGGAUAAAGCUGGUCAAGCCCAGAAGAGAGCAGUGGGGGGCUGGGGGCUUGUCUUAUUUAAAAUGGUUGUGUAUGAUUCUUAUACUAAUUUAUACAAAGAUAUUAAGGCCCUUUUCAUUAAGAAAUUGUCCCCUUCCCAUAAUUGUGUUCACUGUGUUUGUAAAGAUUGUUCUGUGUAAAUAUGUCUUUAUAAUAAAGAGUUAAAAGCUGACAAUUCACCCUUACUCUUGGAGGUCAUGUUCAGGAGGGGCAUUCCUGUCCCCUGAGGUCCAUGGUUGUCCCUGUGCCCACAUAUUGCACUUGCACGGAGGUAAGUGCCUGCAUCCCAAAUCAAUUCCAGGUCAAAUGGCCUUGAACCAAUUUGCCGCAAACGCACAAAAGGAACCUCUGUGCUUAAUGACCGGUUCACAUAACAUUCAGUCCGCUUUUAAGUGUUUUGGCAUCUGUUUGGGUGUCCUUCCCCCCCCCUUUCGGUGUCAUUUAAAGCUUUUUUACAGAGCAAUUGAUUUAAGGACAUUCUGGUUAAAGGUGGGAUUCCUACUCAAAUUUGUUUUAUAUCCUUGGUGGGUGUCUUCUAAUUUUAUCUACUUUUGAACACUUUCAGGACUUUUUAGCCAGUUUGCCUUUCCUGAAAAUGGUUAUGUUUCCUGCAAUAAGUACAUUUGGUAAUGACUUUGUAUGUAUCGUUUUAUGUUCCACAAAAUAGAGCUGCUUGAUGAAUGAGAAAGGCUGAAAAAUAAAAUGCAAGGAG